AGUCGCAGCGCGAAAGCGUGGCGGACGCAUGCGCCACAGCUCUCUCCACCAGCAGUCCUCGGACUGCGCGCUAGGGCUCCACCCCAAGCAAGCCAAGCCUUUCUCCUCUCCUCUUCCCACCGAGGAUCCGCGUGGCGGGGCGCGCGCGCACUUGGGCUCGGGGGCAGCUCGUCGUCUGGGCCGCGGCAGAGCUACAGCCGAGGGGCGGGGCUAUUUCCUUUGGGGCCCCACCCCUUUGGCCCGGCGUGCAUACCGCGCCUGCGCGCUCCCGCCCGGUCUCCAUCUUGGAAUUGGGAGGAAGAGAGGGAGAGAGGGAGAGAGAGGGAGGCCGGGACGAGAGCAGGGCUGUGGUGCGGUGAGAAGCUGAGACGAAAAGGAAAGGGAGUGAGGCACAGGGACCUUCAGCAGCGUCUCCGCUACAGUCCUUCAGCUGUUCCGGAGAGAGAGGACGGGAAAGGGAGUAGGCCAGGGCUGGAGUGGGGACUGUCACUCGCGGACCCCAGCCUUAGAGGGGCCGUGCAGCCGGGCGUCCUCGGGGUGGGCCCCUUGUCGUGGCCGAAGACCUGGGGCUCAGGCCCCUGGGUCCCAGAUUUUGGGGCUCGGUCCCUUGUUUCUCAGAUACCCAGGUAUCAAGCCCUCGUAUAUCAGAUAUCUGGGACCCAAGUCCCAACCUUUACAAACCUGGGUCUCUGUUUUAUAGAAUUUAAAAUACCUGGGAUUCAGGACCCUGUGUGCACCCAUAUCCGGGGUUCAUCCUCCAAGCGUUCAGAUAUUGGACUCAUUUUUAGCCUUUGCAAAUAUACGGGGCUCAGACCCCACAAUCGGAAAUCCGGGAUUCAGCAACUGUCGCCCUCGAGUUGGGGGAGGACUGGACCGCGAGGUCAGAUCAGGUUGUCACCCCCUCCCCUCCAGGGGAGGCUUCCCGGGCCCGCCCCUCAGGAAGGGCGAAAGCUGAGGAAGAGGUGGCGAGGGGGAAGGUCUCCUUGCCCCUCUCCCUGCUUGUCAGAGCAACUGGAGUACCCCAGGCGGAAGCGGAGGCGCUGGGGCACCAUAGUGACCCCUACCAGGCAAGAUCCCAAUCUCAGGGCCCCCUGGGGCCAUCAUGCCAGCUGGGGGCCGGGCCGGGAGCCUGAAGGACCCUGAUGUAGCUGAGCUCUUCUUCAAGGAUGACCCCGAGAAACUUUUCUCUGACCUCCGGGAAAUCGGCCAUGGCAGCUUUGGAGCAGUGUACUUUGCCCGGGAUGUCCGGAACAGUGAGGUGGUGGCCAUCAAGAAGAUGUCCUAUAGUGGGAAGCAGUCAAAUGAGAAAUGGCAGGACAUCAUCAAGGAGGUGCGGUUCUUACAGAAGCUACGGCAUCCCAAUACUAUUCAGUACCGGGGCUGUUACCUGAGGGAGCACACAGCCUGGCUGGUGAUGGAGUAUUGCCUGGGCUCAGCCUCUGAUCUUCUAGAAGUGCACAAGAAACCCCUGCAGGAGGUAGAAAUUGCAGCUGUGACCCAUGGGGCUCUUCAGGGCCUGGCAUAUCUACACUCACACAACAUGAUCCAUAGAGAUGUGAAGGCUGGAAACAUCUUGCUGUCAGAACCAGGCUUGGUAAAACUGGGGGACUUUGGCUCUGCAUCAAUCAUGGCACCUGCCAACUCUUUUGUGGGCACUCCAUACUGGAUGGCUCCAGAGGUGAUCCUAGCCAUGGAUGAGGGACAAUAUGAUGGCAAAGUGGAUGUCUGGUCCUUGGGGAUAACCUGUAUUGAGCUUGCGGAGCGGAAGCCACCACUGUUCAACAUGAAUGCAAUGAGUGCCUUAUACCACAUUGCACAGAAUGAAUCUCCUGCUCUCCAGUCAGGACACUGGUCUGAGUACUUCCGGAAUUUUGUUGACUCCUGUCUUCAGAAAAUCCCUCAAGACAGACCAACCUCAGAGGUUCUUUUGAAGCACCGCUUUGUGCUCCGGGAGCGGCCGCCCACAGUCAUCAUGGACCUAAUCCAGAGGACCAAGGAUGCUGUACGGGAACUGGAUAACCUGCAGUACCGAAAGAUGAAGAAGAUACUGUUCCAAGAGGCACCCAAUGGCCCUGGUGCUGAGGCCCCAGAGGAAGAGGAGCUCACACCCUGUUCACAGGAAGCAGAACCUUACAUGCACCGAGCAGGGACACUGACCAGUCUAGAGAGUAGCCAUUCAGUGCCCAGCAUGUCCAUCAGCGCCUCCAGCCAGAGCAGCUCAGUCAACAGCCUAGCAGAUGCCUCAGAUAAUGAAGAAGAGGAGGAAGAAGAAGAGGAAGAGGAAGAGGAGGAGGAAGAAGAAGGCCCUGAAUCCCGAGAGAUGGCCAUGAUGCAGGAGGGGGAGCAUACAGUCACUUCCCACAGCUCCAUCAUCCACCGGCUGCCGGGCUCAGACAACCUAUAUGAUGAUCCCUAUCAGCCAGAGAUGGCCCCAGGCCCACUCCAGCCACCUGCAGCCCCUCCCACCUCCACCUCCUCUUCUGCUCGCCGCAGAGCUUAUUGCCGCAACCGAGACCACUUUGCUACCAUUCGUACUGCCUCCCUGGUCAGCCGUCAGAUCCAGGAGCAUGAGCAGGACUCGGCUCUGCGAGAACAACUGAGUGGCUACAAGCGGAUGCGACGUCAGCACCAGAAGCAACUGCUGGCCCUGGAGUCCCGUCUGAGGGGUGAACGUGAGGAGCACAGCGGGCGGUUACAGCGGGAGCUCGAGGCACAGCGGGCUGGCUUUGGGACUGAGGCUGAGAAGCUGGCCCGGAGGCACCAGGCCAUUGGUGAGAAGGAAGCACGAGCUGCGCAGGCAGAGGAGCGGAAGUUCCAGCAGCACAUCCUGGGGCAGCAGAAGAAGGAGCUGGCCGCCCUGCUGGAGGCGCAGAAGCGAACCUACAAGCUUCGGAAGGAGCAGUUGAAAGAGGAGCUCCAGGAGAACCCUAGCACACCCAAACGAGAGAAGGCUGAGUGGCUGUUGAGGCAGAAGGAGCAGUUGCAACAGUGCCAGGCAGAAGAGGAGGCAGGGCUGCUGCGGAGGCAACGCCAGUACUUUGAACUUCAGUGUCGCCAAUACAAGCGCAAGAUGCUACUGGCUCGGCACAGCCUAGAUCAGGACCUGCUUCGAGAGGACUUGAAUAAGAAACAGACACAGAAGGACUUGGAGUGUGCCCUGCUGUUACGGCAGCAUGAGGCUACCCGAGAGCUGGAGCUACGGCAGCUCCAGGCUGUCCAGCGCACACGUGCUGAACUUACCCGCCUUCAGCACCAGACAGAGCUAGGCAACCAGCUGGAGUACAACAAGCGACGGGAGCAAGAGUUGCGGCAGAAGCACGCGGCCCAGGUUCGCCAGCAGCCCAAGAGCCUCAAAGUACGUGCAGGCCAGCUACCCAUGGGCCUCCCUGCUACUGGGGCUCUGGGACCACUCAGCACAGGCACCCCUAGUGAAGAGCAGCCCUGCUCAUCUGGCCAGGAGGCAAUCCUGGACCAAAGGAUGCUGGGAGAGGAGGAGGAAGCAGUGCCAGAGAGAAGGAUUCUGGGAAAGGAAGGGCCUACCUUGGAGCCAGAGGAGCAGAGGAUUCUGGGGGAAGAAAUGGGAACCUUUAGUUCCAGCCCACAAAAUCAUAGGAGUCUGGUUAAUGAGGAAGAUUGGGAUAUAUCUGAGGAGAUGAAGGAGAUUAGAGUCCCAUCACUGGCAUCCCAGGAGAGAAAUAUUAUUGGCCAGGAAGAGGCUGGGGCAUGGAGUCUGUGGGAUAAGGAGGGUGGGAACCUUGUGGAUGUGGAGUUCAAGCUUGGCUGGGUCCAGGGUCCAGUUCUGACUCCAGUCCCAGAGGAGGAAGAAGAGGAGGAAGAGGAGGGAGGGGCUCCAAUUGGAACCCACAGGGACCCUGGAGAUGGCUGUCCUUCCCCAGAUAUCCCCCCAGAGCCACCUCCAUCACAUCUGAGACAGUACCCUACUAGCCAGCUCCCUGGACUCCUGUCUCAUGGCCUCCUGGCUGGCCUGUCCUUUGCAGUGGGGUCCUCCUCUGGCCUCCUGCCCCUACUCCUCCUGCUGCUACUCCCAUUGCUGGCAGCCCAGGGUGGAGGUGGCUUGCAGGCAGCACUACUGGCCCUUGAGGUCGGGCUAGUGGGCCUGGGAGCCUCCUACCUGUUCCUUUGUACAGCUCUACACCUGCCCCCCAGUCUGUUCUUACUCCUGGCUCAGGGUACUGCGCUGGUGGCUGUCCUUAGCCUGAGCUGGCGCAGAGGCCUUAUGGGUGUGCCUCUGGGCCUUGGGGCUGCCUGGCUCCUAGCUUGGCCCAGCCUGGCUUUACCUCUGGCAGCUAUGGCAGCUGGGGGCAAAUGGGUACGGCAGCAAGGCCCCCAGAUGCGUCGGGGUAUCUCUCGACUCUGGUUGCGGAUUUUGCUACGCCUGUCACCCAUGGUCUUUCGGGCCCUACAGGGCUGUGGGGCUGUGGGAGACCGGGGGCUGUUUGCCCUGUACCCUAAGACCAAUAAGAAUGGUUUCCGAAGUCGACUACCUGUCCCUUGGCCCCGUCAGGGAAAUCCUCGCACUACUCAACACCCACUAGCUCAGUUAACAAGAGUUUGGGCUGUGUGCAAGGGCUGGAACUGGCGCCUAGCACGGGCUAGCCACAGAUUAGCUUCUUGCUUGCCCCCCUGGGCUGUUCAUAUACUAGCCAGCUGGGGCCUCCUUAAGGGUGAACGGCCUAGUCGGAUCCCUCGGCUGCUGCCACGCAGCCAACGCCGCCUUGGACUCUCUGCUUCCCGACAGCUCCCACCAGGGACUGUUACUGGGCGGAGAUCUCAGACCCGCAGGGCCCUGCCUCCCUGGAGGUAACCAAUUCCAAUCCUCCACCCAGAUUUAGGGCACUGAGCACUUUAUCUCCCAUGACUCAGUAAAGUUUCUCCAGUCCCCAGCCUCUCCUCCCCUUCUGACCUUUCUUCCUCGUUAUGUUUCCCCAAGUCCAAUCCCGGCCCCAGAUCUAGAUCUCUAGACAGGCAGCCUCCUCUGCUGUGGAGUUCAGAAAUGACACUCUUCGUGUUUUCCCCAGUCCCCUAAGUUAUUGCUGUCCCUGCUGUGUGUGCUCAUCCUCACCCUCAUCGGCUCAGGCCUGGGGCCAGGGGUGGCAGGGAGGGAAGUCAUGGGGGUUUUCCUCUUUGAUUUUGUUUUUCUGUCUCCCUUCCAACCUGUCCCCUUCCCCUCCACCAAAAAAGAAAAAAAGAAAAAAAAAAAAAGAAAAACACAAAUAAAAUAUCUGAGCGGAACUACACCUUUGGCCCAGGCUGCCUCUGUCUGCUUUGUCCUGCCGCCUAGCAUCCCUGGUUUGCCCUGAAUCUGGACCCUGGCCCUCAGCUCCAUGACCUCUUCACCCCAUCUCCGUUGUCUUCACUACUUUCACACCUCAGCCUCAUCCUCUUUGCCUUCAUAGAUUCAUUGCACCAUGACCACAAACAGCUCUGGGCUGUGAGUCCCUGUGGAGCUUCCACAGAACUUCAUGAUCUCACAGUUCCAACUGUUUGUGCGACCCUUCCAGAGAGUACUUACUUAGGGUUAAAGGCUUUUGGUCUUUUUGCCCCUUCCUUUACUGUGAACACGGUUUGGAACUGCAUCUCUCACCUGGGUCAGUCUACAGGGUUGGGGGUUGGAACCACAGAACCUCCAGUCAAGGGUGGUGAGUUGGGACCAGGUAGAAUGU